ACGAGCAACACGCAGUGACUGUGACAGUGUUAUAGAUAACGUGCUUAUAAAAAAAAAUAAAAAAAAAAAGAUAGUGAUUGUGAAAAGGAUAACAGUGAAGUUGAUGAUGGCCAGAAUUAUUUUGUUAGUGGUUCUGUUCGCGGCUGUUGAGUCUGCGCAUAAACACCACCCCAAGUUCCCGCAGGAGUCGGUGGAGUAUUAUGACACUCCUUUGACACCACAAAUCAGGAAAGUGGCAUGCACCAACUCAAGGGACCGCUUGCUGAACGAGAACAUAGAAAAAUCCAGAUGUGGAGAACCAAAAGAAGUGUUCGUGCCUCUAAAUCCACCGUCAAAAUUUGAAAAGGUGACCCCGAGCCACGUGUGGGUGAAGAGAUGCGUCGGCCUCUGCGACUUUGAUGCCAGCGGGUCCUCGGAAUGCGUCGCCCAGAGCAAAGUGGAUAAGCAGAUAACGAUACGAAUACACAACAUGAAGACCAAGAAAGACACGUGUGCGACUUACACCGUAGAAGAGCACACGAGUUGCGGCUGCUGUCAACUUUCCUCCGAAGAGUGUGGCGACCGAAUAUUCAACCCUCGUAAGUGCUCCUGUCAAUGUCCAAACACUGAAGAGAGGAGGAGUUGUCUCCACAAGCGGAGCCAGAAUAUGAGGUGGAAUCGAUCUAAAUGUACCUGCGAAAUCCGGAAACCAAGGCGGAAAGUGCAGUGAACUCAGCAGAUCUGACGAUGGUCUCAUGAUUCCUCCCACAGAAGAAAUGAGAAGACGUGCGGAGAAAUAUUGAAGAAGUGAAAUAUUCAUAUACUCGCAAUGGCAUCGUGGGCUUGUAGGUUGUGAAUGAUGAAGAACGUUUCAUUACAAACUUUGAUAAAAGUGAAAAAAUGGCUGACAUUACCAGACUGACUCAAAAGUGUCUUAUAGAUUAAGUAUUAUUAAAUGAAAAUUAAGCAGUAUUAUUACCUAGAUGUAAGUAAUUUAUUUAACUUUUACGUACGAUGGGGCCAAAUGCGCUGUGAGUUUUAGCUCGCUUUCGUUCCAUGACUUCGACUUGUGUUUAAAAAAUGUUGUUUGUCUUCGUGUUUUAUGUUCUGAACAAGGUUUCGAUCGAAUUUGUGUGUUAGCUGUGUAAGAUUGUGUCCUUAAAUGAGGAUUACCUUGAGAAUUGGGACCACGAAUUUAAUUUGUAGUUUUUUUUCCUAUUGGGACAUUGAUUUAAUUUGUAUAUAUGGUCUUUUGUACUUAACGAAUCCUCUUCGAUGUAACAGGUUUUGUCAAUUUUACUGUCUCUAAAAUUAAGUAUUAUAAAUGCACUUUCUAAAUUAUUGUUAUAUUGACAUCACUAUUCAGUAUUUAGCUAAAUAUAAGGCGUAAAUUUGUACUUACGCAAUUCCUAAAUUGUGAUAUAGAUAGGUCAAUUUCCAGUAGGUUAGUUUAAGAAGUUAGGCAUUUACUUAGACAAUUAUUAAAUUAAGUAGUCGUACUAGUACUGCAGAAGUCUCCAAUUGUAGCUCUCUUUUUGUUAAUAUUUUAAGAUUCAUUACUUUUUUGUUGGCUUAAAUUAAUUUCAGAAUUUCUUGAAUCCAGUGUUCAUUUGUUUUCUUUUAUAGUAUUA